GUUAUGCACAAUCGCAGCUGUUGAUUGUAAACAAACGAAAGUUUGAUUUGGAUUUGGUUUAUUAAAAAUCUUAAGAAAUGUUGCCCCUGCGAUGCAGUUGGUCUUUGGCCAGGGCCAAAUAUGGCACCAAAGCCAGAAAGGAGCUUGUUGCCCGUUAUGGGGGCGAAUUUCCAGAGAAACUACUCAACCGCAAGCAAAAGGUGCCGACUCACAUGUAUUUAGCGAAUGCCGAUGCUGCCGAAAGGAUUAGCCAGUACUUGGACCCCCAUUUCCAGAAUACCAGUUGCGAUACUAUAAUGGAAUUGAAUUCAGGUGCCGGACACCUAACCCGCCAUUUGUUAGACAAGGAAUCAAAGUUCCGUAGGAUAAUCCUGCUCGAGAGUAUGGAUCACUUUAUGCCAAGAGCUCAAGAAUUACAUACACUCUACCCGGAACGUGUGAAAGUACGCCAGGGAGAUUUCGUAAAUCUGUGGAAACUGGUGUACAUGGAUAAAAUGGACGGAGGUUCUAGGGUGGCGGAUCUUCUCAAUGAUGUGCCCCAGAAAGCUUUUACAGACGAUAUCAACAUGUUGGUCUUUGGCGCCGUCGGAUCAUACACAUUUUUCAAGCACUUAAUUAACUCGCUCAUCUUCCAGACGAGCCUGUUUAAUCUGGGACGUUGUGAGAUGAUCCUCGCUAUGCCACCUCCCAUUUACAUACAUCUAACCUGCAACAAUGAGAUUGGUUACCUUAUAUACCGCUCAACCAGCGUACUGUUCCAGAUCCUCUUCGAACACAAGUUCAUAGCCAAGGUUCCGCGCGAGGAUUUCCUGCCUCAGCAGGCAGUCUACAAUCCCACCAAGGGAAGCAAGUUGGGCAAAGUUCGAUCCAUCAAUCCAGAAUAUCUUUACCUAGUGAAAUUUUCACCACGCCGCAAUCUUCACGAGCUAUGUCAGUCCCAGGAUCUCCCCGCUCUCUGGUUUUUUAUAAAGCAAAAUUUUGUGAGCCGCCGCAAUAGGAUAAUACCUAAUUUGGAAAAAUGGGUACCAGGCUGUGGACCUCGACUGAUUAUCAAUCCGCACGUCUCCGAGCCCGUGACUCCAACCUAUCCGGAUGAAUUGCCUAAGAAGUUGCCACAGUACUCAUGCCAGAGCACAACAAUGAGUACCAGGGACUACUACCCAGGCAUCAAUAUCUAUACUCAGUUCGGUGAUCUUCGACCCAGUCAGAUGCUGACGCUGUUUAGUCAGUUCCGUCAGUGGCCGGAGUAUGGAGAGAGUUCCUUCCUUGCCUCGCUCGAAAACGCGUUACUCAAGCUGGAGACAGCCAAUGAUGAACAAAACCUUGAGGAUGGCGUUACGUUGCCAGAGGAGGAUGACGCCGAAGGAGAUGAAAUGCUGGAAGAAGAUACUCCCGAGCCCGCCCGUACUCCCGCUAAGAGCCGCAGAAAAGCCAGUUCCUAGUUUUAAAUAGUAAACUAUAACUUUCGUUGAAUUUUAGUUAUUAGUUUUUGCUGGAAUCAUAAAUUUGGAUACAUAAAACCCACCUUAA